GCCCUGCGCGGGGCUGGCUCCUGCCCACAGUUGAGUUGGGCCCCGAGCGGAGCGGAGCGGAGCCCAGCAGGCGGGCCCCGGCCCGGUCCCGGCCCGCCGCGGUUCUGUCCCCGCUCCGAGCUCCGCCGCCGCCUCUUCUUCUUCCCCCCGCGCCUCGCGGGGAGCGAACAUGCGACUCCGGCUCCCCGAAGAGGCCGCCGCCGCCGGCGAGUGAGGAGCCGCCGCCGCCCCGGCCCGGCCUGGCCCCGCCGCCCGCCCGCCCCGGCCGCAGCCGCCCCGCUUCGCCCAGGCAAUGACAGCGGCUCCGGCCCCCUCCCCGCAGCAGAUCAGGGACCGGCUGCUGCAGGCCAUCGACCCGCAGAGCAACAUCCAUAACAUGGUGGCAGUGCUGGAAGUGAUCUCCAGCCUGGAGAAAUAUCCCAUUACCAAAGAGGCACUUGAGGAGACAAGACUUGGGAGGCUUAUCAAUGAGGUGAGGAAGAAGACGUCCAAUGAGGAACUUGCCAAACGUGCCAAGAAAUUGUUGCGGAAUUGGCAAAAGUUGAUAGAACCUGUAACCCAGAAUGAACCAGUGCCAAGAGGGUUGCCGAAUCCACCUGGAUCAGCAAAUGGGGGUGCUCACAACUGCAAACCAGAAGCACCGCUUCCUGCCGUGGCUGGAUCAAAGCCAAUCAGUGAAUUGAAAAGCAGGAAUGACAUACAGAAACUAAAUUCUCCAAAACCAGAGAAAUUGGGAAAUCGGAAAAGGAAAGGUGAACACAGGGAUGGGCAUCAGGGCCCUCCUCUCCCAAAAGUCUCCAAAGCUAGUCAUGAAGUAUUACAAAACUCUUCACCCCCUCCAACGAAUGGAAUUGGAGGUAGUCCUGAAAAUUUUCCUAGUCCUGUAGAUGUAAAUCUACAUGCAGGGCCUGAAAGCAGCAGGACAGAACUCAGUGAAAAUGAUAAACACAAUAAGAUUCCAGUAAAUGCUGUAAAACCUCACACCAGUUCUCCGGGACUUGUAAAACCUUCAAGCACUUCCUCGUUAUUAAAGACUGCAGUGCUUCAGCAGCAUGAUAAAUCAGAAGAAACCACAGGACCGCACCAACCUAAGAGUCCUCGCUGUUCCUCGUUUAGCCCUAGAAAUGUCAGGCAUGAUACUUUUGCUCGGCAGCAUACUACGUACUCACCAAAGGAUUCGAUGCCUAGUCCAUCUCAAAGGUCUCAGUUCUUAGAUACUGCACAGGUGCCAUCACCGCCACCAUCCUUGAUGCAACCAUCAACACCUCCCAUGCCAGCAAAAAGACUGGAGUUCCCUCAGCAAUCAGUAACUGAGGUAUCUCAGCACUGGCAGGAGCAACAGGUACCUUCUGAAAGCCAGCACAGGCAUACAGCAGGGACGCUUCAACAGCACACAUCUCCCAGCUGCAAAACCAGCUCCCAUCCUGGGGAAUCUCUCACGCCACACAUGGGCUUGUCACAGGACACUUCAAAAAUGGACAGUGAUGAUGCUGCUUCAGGUUCAGAUAGUAAAAAGAAGAAAAGGUACCGACCUAGAGACUAUACAGUCAACUUGGACGGGCACGUGACAGAAGGGGGUGUGAAACCUGUGAGAUUAAAAGAGAGAAAACUCACUUUUGAUCCCAUGACAGGACAGAUAAAACCUUUAACACAGAAAGAUCCUUUGCAGGUAGAAAUCCCUGCACUUACUGAACAGCACAGGACAGAAACGGAAAAGCAGGAGCAAAAACCUAACCUGCAAAGCCCUUUUGAACAAACGAACUGGAAAGAAUUAUCCAGAAAUGAAAUAAUUCAGUCAUAUUUAAACAGACAGAGUAGCUUGCUGUCUUCAUCAGGAGUACAGACUCCAGGAGCUCACUACUUCAUGUCUGAAUAUUUAAAGCAGGAGGAAAGCACUAGAAAAGAGGCUAGAAAGACUCAUGUUCUAGCUCCUAACAGCAAACCUACAGACUUGCCUGGGGUCACAAGGGAGGUCACAAGUGAUGAUCUCAACAGAAUACGUGAACAUAACUGGCCAGGCGUGAACGGUUGUUAUGAUACACAGGGUAACUGGUAUGAUUGGACACAGUGCAUAUCUUUAGAUCCACACGGGGAUGACGGUAGAUUGAACAUCCUGCCUUAUGUCUGCCUAGACUGAGUUCAGUUUUGCUAAAAUGCUUUUACAUCUGCAGUUAGCAAAAAUGGCAGACACUAUGCCACUUAAACACGGAGAAAGCCUCCUGUCCUGGACAAACAGGCCCAACGAGCAGAGGGUGAGAGGGAGCUGGGUAUUGACAGCUCUUUCCUUUAAAUUCUCCUUUUGUGAAAUGCUGCUACCAGUUUACUAACAAUUGCAAAGGAAGGCAUACGAAGGUUGAUAAACUGAGUUCAAAACUCUAUAGCGAGCCAGCUAUAAAAAAGUGUUAGUCCCCAAGAAGUGAAGAUGGUUUCCAGCACUUUCUGAAUGCCGGAAUCUUAUUACAGGCAGGUACAGAGAAAAUUUGUGGAAGUUACCUUAACAAAAUAUGCAUCUAUUUAUUUGACUUGAUUUGGGUUUUUAUUUGGCAGUGAGAUAUUCGAGAGACAAUGUGCAAAAACUGUAGUUUUAUUUGUAUCACAUCUCUGAACAUGAUUGCAUUUUUAAAGUCAUGUGGUACGGAGAUUGGGUUUUAAACAGCAGGUGUUGCACUGCAGGCUGGGCGACCAGCUUCAGCUCAACAUUCCAUAGGCAUCCACAUAUUUUAGUCUGGUUUCAGUUUAAAUCCAGUCUCUGAGAAAUGCUGCAAAAACUAGAUGUUUAACGAUAUUUUUGAUCCCACCACCACCAGCCAAAUAUUUUUCCUCCUUUUCCCUUCCUGCAAACUUCUAGGAAAAAAAAAGAAAAUCACCUUUUCUAGAAUCUAAAUGUAAUGAGGGUGCUACGAGUUUGUAACUGUACUGUGAGAGGGAAAAAGGAAGCCUGUUUGUAUGCUGGAAAUAUACUUGUUACCAUUCCUUUAGAUAUUGUUUGCCUUAUGGAUAUCCAUCAUAAACGCAAUUUGCAAAAACAAAGAGCCUUAGUGAAUGUACAGUAACUAGACUUCUGUGUUCUUGGGAUGCAGAAGGGAGCAACUUUGCUAUUUGGUCCUUUAAGUGGACACAUUGUGAUAUAAAUGUGGAAAUAAAAAAAAUUUGCACAA